CCCUCGCUCUGUUUCACCACCCCCCUUCAUUUUCACUCACACUUUCUAUCUACCAUGUCGGCAAAGGAAUGCGGCCACCAUGGCAAAGGCCACAAUAAAUUCCGCCGAAGACUCCUCUUCGGCAUUCUGUUCUUCAUCCUGAUUGUUCUAAUCACAGUCCUUCUCAUUUGGGCAAUCCUUCGUCCCAGCAAGCCCAGAUUCAUUCUCCAGGACACCACCGUCUACGGUUUCAACGCCUCCGUCCCCAAUUUCCUAACUUCCAGUUUCCAAGUCACCGUAUCGUCUCGAAACCCCAAUGACAGAAUAGGAAUAUACUACGACAGGCUCGACCUCUACGCCACCUACAGGAACCAACAGAUCACACCCCGGACCUCACUCCCUCCCACUUACCAGGGUCACAAGGAUGUCAACGUUUGGUCGCCUUUCAUAAACGGGAACAUGAUACCUAUCUCCCCGGACUUUUCCACGUCUUUAAGUUCGGAACAGGCUUCCGGGUCGGUUUUUCUUAUCAUUAAGAUUGAUGGGCGGGUGAGAUGGAAAGUUGGAGCUUUCGUGUCCGGGAGAUACCAUCUUUACGUUAGAUGUCCGGCAAUAAUUACUUUUGGAAGCAAAUUUAACGGUGUUAUUGUCGCACAAAACGCUGUUAAGUUUCAGUUUGUGACUAGAUGCAGCGUCAGUGUCUGAAGUUUGAACAGACUGAGGAUUGAGGAAGAAGAAAGAAGUAAGGACGUCAAGUACUAUUUGUUUUUUUCGAUCUUAAUAUCUCGUCUAUCCCUUCGUUUUUUGUUUUUUGUUUUUUGUUUGUAAGGGAAUUGUACACUUUGCUAUACAAUAAAUAGUAAAAAAGUAGUAGAAAUUUUUAUUUUCUAAAAAACCCAAGUGUGAUUAAUAAGAAUCAAGCAGUUUGUGGA